AUGUCUCCGGUGAAGGUGUUCGGGCACCCGAUGUUGACAAACGUCGCACGGGUGCUGCUCUUCCUGGAGGAGGUGGGCGCCGAGUACGAGCUCGUGCCCGUCGACUUCGUCGCCGGCGAGCACAAGAGGCCCCAACACGUCCAGCUAAACCCGUUUGCGAAGAUGCCUGGGUUCCAAGAUGGCGAUCUCGUCCUGUUCGAGUCGCGCGCCAUCGCGAAGUACAUCCUCCACAAGUACGGGGGGACAGCCGGCCUGGACCUCCUCGGAGAAAACAGCGGAAUCGAAGAAUUAGCAAUGGUGGACGUGUGGACGGAGGUGGAGGCCCAGCAGUACUACCCGGCCAUCUCGCCCGUGGUGUUCGAGUGCAUCAUCAUUCCCUUCAUCAUCCCUGGCGGUGGCGCGGCGCCGAACCAGACCGUCGUGGACGAGAGCCUGGAGCGGCUGAGGGGUGUGCUGGGGAUCUACGAGGCCCGGCUGGAGAAGAGCAGGUACUUGGCCGGGGACUCCAUCAGCUUCGCCGAUCUGAACCACAUUCCAUUCACCUUCUACUUCAUGACCACCCCGUACGCCAAGGUGUUUGAUGAGUACCCCAAGGUGAAGGCCUGGUGGGAGAUGCUCAUGGCGAGACCGGCGGUGCAGAGGGUCUGCAAGCAUAUGCCUACCGAGUUUAAGCUACGUGCGCAGUACUAG